AUGUCUAGUACUACUACUACUACCAACCUUGCAAUGUCCAUGUUAUUAUUGUGCUUUCUGUUUAUACCCAUUUAUAGUAUCCCCGCACAAAUCAAUGAAAGAAGCAGAUAUUCUCCAUUGAACCGACAAAAACGAACCUUUGGUUUGGGAUUAUUUGGAUCACGUGAUUGGCCGUCCUUUCAUAAAACCUUGAGAUUGCCCACUUUUUCAACAAUACCAACUUUUCUGCACUUUUUUGACGAGGAGGAAUUGUACGGUAAUCUCAUGAAAAAAAUCUCAGAUUUGGAAAUCGGCCAGGAGCGUAUCAUCAAUUAUUUUCAACAAUUGAAUGCCAAUAAGAAUGCAAAUCCAUGCGAGACCACGUCAACGAGCACGAUUAAGUCGUCAUUGUCUAACGUCCCAGAGCCCGACGUCGACAUCCUCUACCGGGAGCCGAUGACCAUUGCCACCUCCACCGCUGACGUAACCAUUACCAGCAGCAGCAUGACGGAGCCUGCAACCGAGUUGUCGAGCGUCGAGACGAGCGCGGAGACGAGCGCCGGGACGAGUGCAGAGACGAGCGCGGAGACGAGCGCCGAGACGAGCAUCGAGACGUCAAAGGAUGAGGAUGAGGAGGUCGCCGAACUGGAUAUCGCGACAGUGCCUCCUGCUCUCGAGGACAUCAUGCGCGUUCAUGAUGACGAUAUGACGGAAAAGAACGAAGUUCUGUAA